GGGGGGAGGAGAAAUGGGGCACGGGGCGGGGGAUGCAGCGGGGGGACAGAGCCUGGUGCGGGGGCGCCGCCGGUCCCCCCCGGUCCUGCUCCUCGCGGAGGCGGAGUCCCCCCGAACCCAAAUUUCCGGGGCGGGGGGGGCGGGGGGGGAAUGUGUGCGGGAUGAUCCCCCCCAACCCGAACCGGCCGCCCGCGGCCCCGAGUGGGGCUCCCCGGGCGGUGCGGGGAUGCUCGUGUCCCGAGGAGCAGCGUCCCGGCCGGGCUGCGGGGAUGGGGGCUCCCCCCGCCGUUCCUGCCCGGCCCCGGGGGUCGGUACCGGGGGGCGGGGUGGUUAUUCCUGAGGGAAUUAUUCCCGGGGCCGUGGGUUCUGUUACCGGGGUGGUGGGUCGUUACCCAGGUAGUUGGGUUGUUCCUGGGGCGGUGGGUUAUUCCCGGGACGAUGUUGUGUUAUUCCCAGGCAGUUGGGUUAUUCCCAGGGCGGGGGGUUCUCACCAGGUAGUUUGAGUAUUCCUGGGCUGGUGGGUUAUUCCCGGGAUGUGUGGGGCGGUGGGUUCUUACUGGGUGGUUUGAGUGUUCCCUGGCCGGCGGGUUAUUCCCUGGUCAGUGGAUUAUUCCUGGGGCGGUGGGUUAUUCCUGGGGCAAUGGGUUACUACCGGGUUGGUGGGUUAUUCCCAUGUAGUUGGGAUAUUUGUGGGGAUAUUUGGAUCUUACUGGGUAGUUUGAGUAUUCCCAGGUAGUUGGGUUAUUCCCAGGGCGGUGGGUUAUUCCCAGGAUGGUGUGUUAUUCCCGCGUAGUUGGGUUAUUCCCAGGAUGGGGUGUUAUUCCCGGGUAGUUGGGUUAUUUGUGGGGCGGUGGGUUCUUACCGGGUAGUUCGAGUAUUCCCUGGUCAGUGGGUUAUUCCCGGAUAGUUGGGUUAUUUCCAGGAUGGGGGGUUAUUCCCGGGUCGGUGGGUUAUUCGCGGGUUAUUCGCAGGGUGGUAGGUUAUUCCUGGCUAGUUGGGUUAUUCCUGGGGUGGUAGGUUAUUACCGGGAUGGUGGGUCAUUACCGGGAAGUUGGAUUAUUCCCAGGGGGGGUUGUGGGUUCGCAGACGUCCCCGUCCGGCGGGGCCGGACACUCGCGUCCCCAUGCAGAGAGGAGCCGGCGCUGGGCCAUGAGCAACGCCACGGCCCCCACGGCGCCGGGGGCGGCGGGCGACUCGCUGGUGGGCUACGUCCUGGGACCCUUCCUCCUCCUCACCCUCCUCGGCGCCCUCCUGGCCGCGGUGAUGUACAUCCAGAAGAAGCGGAGGUUUGACCGCCUGCGGCACCGGCUGCUGCCCAUGUACAGCUACGACCCGGCCGAGGAGCUGCAGGAGUCGGAGCAGGAGCUGCUGGUGGAGGCGGAGGACGCCCGGGUGGUGCCCGGCUGGGGGGGACCCUCGUCCCACCGCUCCCCCCGCAGGGACUGGAAGGCCUGAUGCCGCCUGCAGAGCCGGGACCGAAUCCUGCCCGCAGGAGGGAGGGGAGGACGGGGUCAGCACCGGCGCUGCCGCCUUUGCCUGCCGGGAAGGGCAGGAUGCGCCCGCAGCAGCAUGGCGACGCCGGCGGCCACUGCCCGGCAGCGAUCCCACCCCGUGAGCACUGACGAUAACGGGUUAUCUCCCACCUCGGCGCCUAUUUUUGCCUUUGGUUUUUUUUUUUUUGUUUUUUUUUUUUUUUGCUUUUGCCAGCCCCUUAAAAUGCACCGAGCGGGACGGGACGGCCGGGGCUGGCACCCUGGCGGGGAGCAGCCGGGCUGCGGGGCUUUGCCGGGCGCGGAGGGCAGGACGCAGAGGAGCAGCACAGCGUGUGCAGGAGCCAAUAAACCGAUUUCUCUGCAUUCGGUCAAGAGCCUCCGGCGUCGGGCAGGGAGGGUUUUCAGCAGCACAAGCGCCGUUGGACCAUGGGACACCCUGAUGUCGGGGGAAUGUUAUCUCGUGCUCCUGCCUUGGCAUCGUCUGGACUCGGUUUGGUGAUAAAAAGAUGCCAAGGAAGGGAUUUU